UACGAAAACAAUGGCCCACAAUUUUGUAGUAAGAAUUGAGCCGCAGUGAAUCAACUUUGGGACCCUAACCCUAAUCUCCCCAAUUUGAUUGUUUUCUUACAUGGUAACAAAAUCUAAGCUCUGCUGUAAAAACGGUGCACUUGUGUUACAUUUCGUACUUCUUACCAUCUUCUUUAUAAACACAAGUACUCAUAACCAUUACACACACACAUCAUUUACGUAAACACAAGUACUGUAAUUUCAUGUGAAUUGAGCUAUGCAAGAAGACGACGAGUUCGGAGAAUUGUACACCGACGUUCUCACCUCUUUUACGAGCUCGCCGUCUCUUUCGGUUCAAAAGGGCGUAUCAGUUGAGAAUGAUCGUAAAGAAAAUACUAGUUUUGAUCAAUUCAAUAGUGGCGGUUCUAGUUCUCGUCCAGAAUUGAACCGGGUUGGGUUGGAUGAACCGGCUAGGGUUUUGGAGAUUGAUAGUAGUGGUAAGUUACGGGAUGAUAGGGUUUUAGGAUUUGAGGAUCCUAAUUUGGUUGAUGAAUCGCUGAUUCAUGUUAGCGAGGGUGAAGAUGGUGAUCAUGUUGUGAUUGGUGAUAUGGUGAUUGCUGGUUUGCCGAUUCCGGGAGUAGGGGAUGGGGGUGUUUUAGGUGAUGAUAAUAGUGAUUGGAGUGAUAGUGAUAGUGAUGAUGGAUUGCAAAUUUUGUUUGAUGAUUUCGAUGCUGGGCAGAUAGGUGACGGUGUGGAGGUUGAUGAAAAUGGAAAUGUUAUAGAUACUGUGGAUGAGGCUGCUGAGAGGAGGAUGAUGGAGGGCCAAGAGUGGUAUGAAGAUACUGGAAUUCUUUAUGGUGGAUUUGAUAUGAGAGACGAGGACGGUGAGAGGAAGGAAUUAGGGUAUGGGGCGGUGAAAGGGAAAGAAGUGGUACAACCUCCGAAUAUUGGGGUUGGGUACAGUAAUCAGUCCCAUUCGCAGUUCAAGGUCAGUGAUAUUGUGCGUGCCGGUAACGUGUGUUCUUUCAUGAGGCCUGGUGCAGCUCCUUUAGGAGGUCUAGUUCGCCCCCCUCUCAUUGUAGGACCUUCCCCUGGUCAUGGCAGAGGUGAAUACCGUCCAGCAGGAUUGAAAAAUGCUCCUACUAUGCAAGAAGUUCAUGGCAUGCCAGCUUGGACCAACAAUACACCACAACAUGGUUUCAGUGGGGGAUUGAAUUUCACACUUCCAUCUCACAAGACUGUAUUUGAAGUUGACAUUGAUAGCUUCGAAGAAAAGCCUUGGAGACUCCCUGGUGUUGAUAUAUCAGAUUAUUUCAACUUUGAUCUCAAUGAGGAAACCUGGAAAAAUUAUUGUAAACAGCUGGAACAACUCCGUGUGGAGGCAACCAUGAAAAGCAAGAUUCAAGUGUAUGAAAGUGGGAGGACUGAGCAGAAUUAUGAUCCAGAUAUGCCUCCCGAGUUGGCAGCAGCUACAGGAAUUCAUAACAUUUCAGCUAAUAAAACAAAUCUUGGAAAAGCAGAGAUAGUGCAUACUGAUGUAGCUAAGGGAUCAAUGGGUGCACGGCCACAAUUGCAAACUGGAAGAGCAAUUCCGGUGGAAAUUGGUAAUGGUGAAAGGCUCCCAUCCAUUGAUACUCGUCCAAUGAGAAUCCGUGAUUCAGAUGCUAUUAUUGAGAUUGUCUUGAAGGAUUUCGUGGAUGAUGAUACUGUCAAUGGAAAUGAUAUUACAGAACUUCCAGAGGAUGACUCAAAUGAGGGGUUAAGAGGAGGCCAUGAUAAUAAAGAGGAUGCUCCUAUACAGAAUACUUCUAGUCCUGCCGAGAAGAAUUCUGUCUAUACUGGUCCGCAUCAGGAUGAGAGGGGCAAGAAAGGAAAAAUUGGCAGAUCCCCUAGUAAUGGCAAUAGUGGGAGUACAAGUGAUAAAAGGCGUGUUCGCAAUCAGAAGGACGAAUCUACAGAAAGCGGUGAAUUUAAACGUAGUCCUCAUUCCUUGGCUUACCAUACUAGGGAGUUUACUGGUGAGCAGUAUUCCGAAGAAGAAGAUGCUAUACGGGACGACCAUGCGGAUGGAAGUUCUAAAUUGAAUAGGGUGGAUGUUGAUCUGAAUAUGGAGGAUACUCAUAAAGAUGAAUAUUCGACUCAGUAUUUAAAGAAGCAAAGAAAGAAGUUACGAAAUGAACUGUCUUUGGAAGAUGUUGACAACAGAGAGGGGUCAAAGGCUGCAAGAAGGAGCAAAGCAAUAUCUGGAAGCACCAGUGACUAUUGGAAUCUGCCAUAUGGCACUGAAGAUGAAGUUGUCCAAGAUGGAAGGUCUACGCGGAUGAGAAUUAUGAGUAAAGUUAAUGAGGGGGAUCGCCGUGCCCCCAGUAAAGGCCGUGAAGAGAGGCAAGACAUGGAUAGACACCACAUGGUAACUAAAGGGAGGGAGGACCUUUAUUAUCAUAAAGAAAGGGAUUCCAAUCCAAGUUACCCAACCUACCACUCUCAUACAAAAUCUGAUGUUAUUGAUCGAAUGAAGGAGAGUGAUAAUUUUGGUGGAUCUUGGUUGCGCAAAGAUGAGGAAUCACAUGGCAGGACAAGAUUUGACAACCCAAGAAAGCGGGUACACAGUACUGAAAUGGGUAAGGUGAGAGAGAUAGAGCCGAUCAAUUUUGAUCAAUAUAUGCUCAGGAAACAAUUAGAUAAAGGGAGUCGGACGGGAGGUUAUCAUGAUAGAUUUACAGGAUCACGACACUGGGACAGACCUGAUAAUUCAAAGUCUCGAACUGAUAGCUAUGAUGAUCUCCAUGGUAAGCAAAGGAAAUAUGAUAUCCACUCAAAGAGGGACCUUGGUGAAAAGGAAGAAUUCCUGCAUGUCCGUAGGGAAAGUACCAGUCAUCAAAAUAGAGAAAGGGAUGAUAUCAUGGAGCAGAGGAAGAGAGAGGAUGAUAUAGCAAGAAUCAGAAAAAAUGACAAGCAAUCCAUGAUGCACAAAGAAGGGAAUAGGUUCCCUAGAAAGAGUGGGGAUAGGCAGAGAGAUGAGUGGCAAAGGCUUAAGCGGUCCCAUGAAGAAACUCGAUCUAAAAGAGAGAGAGCAGACGUGCGUGGAGUGAAAACUGGGCAAACUGGAGAAGAAAAUUCACGUAGUAGUCAUUCCAGAGUAAUGGAUGAGCGUAAAGCUUCUGACAGAGAAUACCACCUAAAAGAUCCAGGACACCGUAGUGAGCAAUACAAGAGGAAGGAUAAAGUGGAGACUGAAAACCUUUUACGUCUUAGGGUAAGUGAGGAUAUCUAUUCACGGGAAACUCGUCCCAGGAACGAUGAGAGAAGAUUUAGACAGGAAAGACCGAGUGCUCUAAGUGAUCGUGCUGUUGCUUCUGAUCAUCACCGAAAGCCUGAGAAAAAAUAUGAAGAGUACCCAAGGAAGAGCAAAGAGUCUGAGAAAGAUUACAACUCUGUGGUACCCUCCAAGAUAAACCGAGAUGAUCACCACAGUCAGAUAAGCGAUCAGGUGAAGAUGAAAGGCAUGAUUGAGCAAGGAAGUGGCGAUCGGGUGAUCCCUUUGUCUCAUCAGUCCUCCAUAAAGCGCAAAAAAGAUGCUUCUGAUGAUGAUGAACAGCAUGAGUUCAUGAGAGGUCAUUCCAAAUCAGAAAGAUGGACUAGCCACAAGGAAAGGGAUUUUAAUGCUCUUACGAAAUCAUCUUCCUUGAAUGUGAAAGAUACUGAUGAGCAAAAGAAGAUUGGAACUUUGGCAGCUAAUAAAGUACCUGACAAAUCUCUCCGGGCGGUGGAAACAGGUCAGAAUCCACCUUCUUUGGCCAGCGGAAGACAUGCUGAUGAUCUGAUGGACAAGGAUGGCAAAGUGAAACCAAAGGAGGAUAAUCACUUGGAAGGUGUAGCGGAGCUGAAGAAGCGAAGUGAGCAGUUCAAGCUUCCAAUGCCAAGCGAAAAGGAGGUCGGAGCAGUGAAAAAGAUGGAAAACGAAGAGCUGCCUCCAGUCCAAACUGACCGCAUGGAAUUAGAGAUUAAACAAGAAUGACCUGCGAGGACUGGCAAUAGUUGCCUGGUCUUAAGAAAUAUUUUCAGGGUGUAUUGACUUGACUGUUUACAGGCUCGUGGACAUGCUACAAGCCUAAGACCAUCUCCGUGUAUUUCUAUUGUAGUUGGAUGUUGUGUAUACCAAAAAUGUAACAUAAUGCUGGCCACUUGUGAUGGCCCAGACACACAGGCAGAGUUGUUUGGUUAAAAACAACACUGCUAUAUAGGACAUAACCAGCUUUUGAAAGACUAAAUCCUUAGAAAGAUUAAAUUUACAGAUA